UUAUCCUUCUCUCAAAACAAUUUGUUCUCAAUCACAUAAAACAACAUAUACGUAGUACGGAGUAUAAGCUAGCUAAAGGAAUAUAUGGCAAUCAAAACCAAGACUUCAUCAACUCCUGCACCACCUUCUUACGUCGAUUUCGAUCCUGCUUGUGAUUUGAAGAAAGAACAAGGCCAUGAAACUUUGACCAUCCAUCUCCCUGACUUCAAGAAAAAUCAAAUCAGGGUACAAGUUAACAAAGAUGGAGUCCUCAGAGUGAGCGGCGAGAGACCAACAAGUGAAGAUGGAACAAAGCGGUGUCGUUUUGUUAAGGAAACUAAAAUACCAAAUGACAGUGAUGUAAACCUAAUUCAAGCUAAGUUCACUGAUGGUCGCCUACAUGUUACCAUGUCAAAGAAAGUUACACCCUCAACUCCUCAAGUCAUCCAAGAGAAACCUACAUUGACACCGUCGCCGUCACCUCCUCCACCACAACCGGUGGUUACUGAUCAAAAGCCGAAAGCUGAGGCCGGCGAUCUGAUCUCGGAUGAUCAAACACCAAAGGGUACUGAUCAUGAAAAUGGUAUUGAUCAGCCAAAGGGUGAUCAUGUAUUUGAGCAUGAAAGUAUCAUACAAAGGCUACACUUGCAAGGAAGAAAGGUGGUGGCGUUGGGAUUUGGUGUUGCGGUUGUUACUAUGGCGGUGGCAAUUGGAGCUUUUGUUGCUUCUUAAUUAAACAUAAGUUUCUAAUUAAUAUUUCUUCUUCCUUCUCUGUAUUAAUUGUUCUGUUUUACAUUGGAAACACUAAAUUAAUAAACACUUGGUGAAUGAUUUCAUUUGA